AUGCAGCCAGUACCCCAACCGCAGUCGACGAAUGAUCUACACGGAUUGAACGACGACUCGGAGGAGGAUGAGUCGGACAACGGGGUUGGGUUGGGGGACAGUGAGGAUGAGAGGGUGGUAAUGAAGGGGAGGAGCAAAUCCAAGAGCAAGAAACAGGCUGGAUCGGACGAUGAGGAUGAUGAGGAAGAGGAGAACGACUACAACAACGAUGAAGACCACUACCUCGACGCCACAACGGAAGUCGAAGCCAAGAAAUCAACAAGCAAGAAACCCCUCGAUAAAGCCAAGAAGGCCCCCAAGAAAAACAAAACUGGAGUGAUUUACUUCUCCUCCCUCCCACCGUACCUGAAACCAUUCGCGCUCAAGAACCUCCUCGAAACCCGAUCAUUUGGGCCCAUCACGCGGGUCUUUCUAUCGCCUGAAGUGCGCCCCGCCAGCGCGCCCCGCCGCCGAUCUAACAAGCGGAAGACGUACUCGGACGGAUGGGUUGAGUUUGCAUCGAAGAAGACGGCGAAGAUCUGCGCGGAGACGCUGAAUGCUACGAUUAUCGGGGGGAAGAAGGGCGGGUGGUACCAUGAUGAUGUGUGGAAUAUGAAGUAUUUGAAGGGGUUCAGGUGGGCGGAUCUGAUGGAGCAAGUGCAGAGGGAGAGGUCGGAGAGGGAGGCGAGGAAGAGGGUGGAGGAUUCGAGGGCCAGGAAGGAGGAUAAGGUGUUUUUGGAGGGGUAUGAGAAGGGCAAGGUUAUUGAGGGGAUUCAGAAAAAGAAUGAGGAGAAGGGAAAGAAGAAGAAGGAUAGUGCGAAGGAGGUGCGCAUGGUGUUUAAGCAGAAUGAGGUUAAGUUGGGGAGGGAUAAGAGUGCGGAGGAUCCGGGGAGACUUGGGGACGAUACGAAGAGGGUGUUGGGGAAGAUUUUUUGA